AUGUCCGGUCCAAAAAAGUCCGAUACUCUCGCUUCAAUUCAGGAACUCAACGCAGCUCUCCAAAACCUCACUGUUGAAAGCCCCAGGCUCGGGUUUCUAUCCCUAUCCGGUGAACUUCGGAACAAAAUAUAUUCAUACCUCGCCAAUGAACGUAUAAACCACGACGCUCCCGUCAACUCAGAGACCACAUCAUUCUCCUCGACCCCAAACUACCUGCACACGCCCGCACACCAGAUCGUGCUGUAUUACGAGAACAAAGAUGACGUUCUAUACGAACCUCCAGAAUGGAACACUAUACAACGCUACGACAUGGGCAUCACACAGACCUGCCAUCAAAUACGAAAAGAAUACGAAGCCACUUAUCGCGAAAACCACUCAAUGUCCAUCUCGCUCGACGCCCUUGUAUCUAGCACCGCCUCCCGUGAUCCCGACCAGCCUCCCACCCUUCCUUUAGGCAGCGUACGCAUCACGGUCCGAGAGUCAUCGUGGUCAACACCCAACAUCGACAUUCUCCCUUUCCUGAAGGCAUACAAAAACUCCCCGUCCUUGAAGCUGCACUUCGAACUCCCCGAACACGUGCGGACUGCUUUUGGCGAUGUGUUCAGCGUGAAGGAGAAUAAUAAGUGGUGGGUCGGUGUUGAGGAGCAUGUCGCGUUUAUACAUGUGUGGCCUGAGGUCUAUGGCGAGAGAGCUAAAGUCGGGAUUACGGUUACCAAGGAGUUCGAGAUGAAGCGGAGGAGGGGAAGGAUGGGAGUUCAGAAAGGUGUAUUGCUGGCUGCGUGGCUGCGUGAGAUGGGGUUGGAGGCUUUAAAGUGGGAUUCUUUAAGGGACGGGACCCGACGAAACGACAAUACCGGUAUCAAGAGGAUGUUUACACCUGUCGAGACUUCCAUCGGUGCCUUUCUGCUACACCAAGCGACUAGCAACCUCCUCUAUCAGAAUGGCGAUAUCCUGGGACUCAGCGGCUAUCUGCGUCGACUCUUCUCUGCGCCUACGAAGGAACUGCUCGCUUUCUUCACGGGCAUGGCUGCCAGCUAUGUUCCGUUGAAGGCAUUAGCACCGCAGUUGAUCACGGAGUAUCCUGCUGUACAGACAAGUCCACAGAGUGCUCUGUUUACGCUAGCGAUUGGUGCUCUGAUAGGAUGGGGAACAAAGGUCACGGUCGCGCCCGCAAUCAAGGACGCCAAACAUCAGCCCGCAGAUGCACAUACUGCUGCACGCCUUACGACGCAGUCUUUCUCGGGUUUACUCUUCGCACUCGGUCUUCAUAUCUCGCAGAUGUCACACCCGGACAAGGUGGCCGCUUUCUUCUCUUUCCCAGAUCUGCAACACUGGGACCCGUCACUCGCUCUGGUCAUACUCUUCGGCGUCCUACCCAACUUGAUCGAGAACCAAAUGAAAAGCUUCACCAGCCCACCAUCAUUCGCCGACAAGUUCUCGCUACCUACGAAGACAUUGCAAGAUGUGGAUAUAAGAUUCGUUGUCGGAGCUGCAGCUUUUGGUGUUGGCUGGGGCUUGACGGGAAUUUGUCCUGGUCCGGCGGUGCUUCGAGCUUUCUUUCAGCCGGUUUGGGGAGCGUUGUGGGUUGGUGGCUUCUGCUGCUCAAACGAUGAUCGUCUAUCCACUAAUGUCACGAUCCUCGAGGCGCCGGGCAAGGUUUUCGCCGCCGCUGGGCCUCCGCCUCCGCCCCCUCGAACUCCUCCGCCCGGUCUGCCAAAUCGGCCUCCUCCGAAUCCACAAAAUGAACCUGCGACUGAUGAGGUCUGGGAUAGGUGCAGGAGAAAGGGAUGCAUGCUCUCGUGGGCGAUGAGCCACGACGACAGCGAAGUCGGACCCCAGUACGACCCAGGACGUACCACGGCAGCAUCACCGUUCCAGGCUAUUGGUGAUCUCCAUAGAUGGAACUGGAUGUUUCAUGAUCUCGAUCACGUAGACGAUUAUUAUUUCGACUUUUAUAGGACAUGGGGUAUCGGUGACGCUCUCGCGAGUCUCGGAAUCAACCCAGAUGCAAGCAGAUACCAGGGAGGCCAGAACCACAUCGUCAACUAUCAACACUUCACGCCUAUAUAUAUUACGGCUCUCCAGGAUCAAAGAUACGACGUUAAUGGCAAGCAAUACCGAUCCACAGGUGCUGAAUUUACCUUCUCACUCAACAUCAAGGACGGCGUCAUUAUGGGCAUGGACCGUACGAGCCCCAGGGAAGCAGGCAAGACCAAAGUAUCGCCGCCAAUUACUGGUGACGGACUGCCGAAGCUCAACCAAUUCUCGGACGUGGCGUGGCUGGAUUGGCAAUUCAUGAUAGAGGGGUACAAGGGGGAUGUCAAAAACAUAAAUUACUUCAUAUCUGUGUUGAUCGUCAACCCAGAGACUAGAGCAGUGGCGAUGAGAGCAUUGCGCACUCGAGGGAAAAUUGAGCUAGAAGAUUUUCCAGGGCAGACGUUCGAACGGGGGACAGACGAAAUGAACGCACUCAUGGGCACGCCGAACAUGCAAGGUUUCGCAUAUCUGCUGGUUCAGCACAAAGCGCAGCUGGGCAACAUGUACAUCAAGAAGAUCCAAGUCUUCAAGUGCGUGACGAUGCGCGAGCCUCCCUGCAUGAUCGCGUAUGUAUCCAAGCCAGACGCCGCCCCAGUGGCCAACCCUGGCGAAGGCGAAGGCGAAGGCGAAGUCGCCAGACGGGACGGAGGCCGUAACGUGGCGCGUAUGCAUAAGAUCUUCGCGAAGCUGUGA